UUUAGUUAGGUGGCAAUGACAAUGCCCUAACCCUAGCGUUGAAACCAGUGGCAAUGACAACACGACAACACAUACAUCGUACAUUGAGAUCCAGCACGAAGAAGAGACAAGCCAAAACCAAUCGACCAUGGCGGAGACCAACGGCACUACUACUACCGAAGAAGAAUCGCGCUACAACCAGCUGAUUCUCCUCGUUGACAAGGCUUUGACGCACAGCCGGAAAGAUUUUGACAUUGAUGAGGCCAUCAAGGAGUGCUAUGGAGAAGACGCCUCCAUGUUUGAAACCAAGGAUUCAUCCGAGGAGAACUUUCUAGUAUCCGCCAUCAACGCCAUGAUUGAUGACGUGAACAAAAAGGUCAAAAAGGGAUUCUUGGACUACUUGGAAAAGGAAGAAAUGAAACAAAAAUUGGACAAACUAGAGGCAAUCAUUGCAAAGCUAGACCAGGAGGAUGAACAAAUGAAGCAAGCUGAUGAGCAAGACCGGCGUACAGCACAGGCGGCUCUGGAUGCCACCAGAUUGCCAAAGGGUGUCACUCCUGAUGGUCUCAUGCGCUAUCACAUAUACAACAAAAAGAAGGAGGAUCUUGCAUUGAUGGAGAAAAAAUUGGCAGAGGAAGAGGCUGCAAUCGAAAAGCUAUCAGGACAGAUUCGCAAUUUUGAAUCCAUUGAACGGGAGGGCAAAGAAAACAUGGAGCAACUGAAGCAAACUUUACAGCGAGAGGAACAAGCUGUGAAAGCUUGGAGUAAACAAACCUGAUGAGUACAUUGGACGAGAGUACUUGAAAGGACUUCUUUGCUUUGGAUGCUAUCUAUUCAAGCAGUCCACUCAGCAAUGACGACAAGGCAUAUUUUAGGCCAAAUGAAUUGGGAUGAUUGCUUUAAUUCUAGAGCUAACAAUGACAAUGAUGAUUGGGAAAUAU